UACACGCAGGAUGAGGACCUUCACCUUAAUAACAGUUCUGUUUCUCUGCAGCUACGGCUGGACCUCCGUCUCAGCUUCUGAGUUUCAGGUUGUGGAGGUUCGAAAUAGUGAAGAAGUCACUCUGAUGUGCUCCAACAUUUCCACAGCUCCAACUCAGACCGAUUGGUUCAGAGUGGUCAACAGAACUGAGCCCAGCUGUAUCGCCUCUAUGUAUGAUGCUAAUAGCACAGCUUUAUUCUGUGAUGGAGUUCAACAUGGAAACUUCGAAAUGAGUUCCAACAUCACCACCGUCUUUCUUAAAAUCAAGGGAGUGGAUUUCUGUGACGCUGGGCUGUACUUCUGUGGAUUUUACAUAAAAGCACAUACAGUCAUUUCCAGUGCAACAGAGUUAAGAAUUCAAGAUAAUGAUGAAUCCAGGGUUGAAGUGGAUUGUAAGGCUGAAGAGUGUGACAACACAACGGAUCUAAUGAGUUUGAUACUGGGUGGAGUGGCUGUUUUCCUCGCUAUAGUCGUGAUAGCUCUGGCUGUAAAAAUCUGGAAACUUCAGACAGAUGGGAAUAAGGAACUGCAGGGAAACAAGAGGUCAGAUGAGUUGAACUACGCAGCUCUAAGUUUCCGGGGCAAAGCAAAAAGAGGCCGUAGUCUUCCAUCAGAGAGAGAGAUAGAGCCACACGUUGUAUAUGCUGCCACCAGAUAGACCCAGGAAGCACCAGGAACUGCAGCUCAGCUUUGUUAUUAACUUGCACAUGUCGUUUGGUAUAAAAUAAUGUAAAAUAAAGUGUAAAUGUUUCUGUA